AUGCUAUUAUUUGCGGAUGAUGUAAAAUUAUUUAAUUGCGUUCAAUCUGAGAGUGAUGCUAUUUUGUUACAAGAAUCGUUGAAUAAGUUAGUCCAUUGGUGUAAUACAGUUGGGUUAGAGCUGGCUAUCCAUAAAUGUAAAGUUAUGUCUUUUUCGAGACGUCACUCAAUUAUUCAAUAUGAUUACUCUAUUGAUAACGUGAUGUUACAGCGAAUAAACCAAGUUGAAGAUUUAUGUUUUAUUUUUACUCCAACGUUAUCGUUUGCACCUCAUAUUGACUGGAUAGUAGGCAAAGCAUUGCGAUCAUUAGGGUUUAUUAGGCGACAUGCAGGGUCGGUCAUGUCUGUAAAAUGUUUGUUAAUAUUAUAUGCUACUCUAGUUAGAUCAAUUGUAGAGUAUGGAUCUGUGGUAUGGUCUCCGAGGACCAAAUGUGAUAUUAUUCGAAUUGAACGUGUUCAGCAUCGUUUCUUAAGCAUGGUUUCUCGAUCUAUGGGCAUUAAUCAUGAACCCCAUGACUAUAAACCCGUCUUAAUAGCACUCAAUUUAUCCACCCUAAGCGAAAGAAGAAAUAUGAGUGAUAUUAAACUUUUAAAUGGUUUAGUCUCUGGUGUAAUUGACUCACCAGACUUGUUAUCUAGAAUAGGUUUUCGCAUUCCAGGUACAACCCGAUCUGGUGACCCCUACUACCUUGCUUCAGUGUCAAAAAAUUAUUUGGAUGAUGAUCCUUUAAGGAGAGCUAUGUCUUUAGUUAAUAGUCAAACUAGUUAA